GCUUCACGUCGUGCCAAAUAUCGCGUCGGGGCCGUAUGAAGGCAACUUUGGGUGGUUGUCAGUGUUAAUGUAAUUUAAGAAGGUAACAGCAAGAGUCUUGCGAAAAAUGUUGAUAAUGCGUUUAUUUUGCUUUCGUCACGGGCCGUUUUAUUUACAUUUUGGAUAAAUACGUUGCGUCACAUAUUUUGAGAACAUCUUGAUCAUGGUGGAAAACUCUCCCUCCCCUGUCCCUGAGAGAGCCAUUUAUGGGUUUGUUCUCUUCCUUGGCUCACAGUUUGGCUUCUUUCUGUAUUGUUUGUGGGCUUACAUACCAGAGGAGUGGCUCCAUUCAAUAGGGCUCACUUAUUGGCCUCAAAAAUACUGGACUCUUGCGGUGCCAAUGUAUCUCCUGGUUGCAUUAAUGAUAUUUGUGGCGCUACUGUUUGGAGUGAACAUGAACAACACAGCUCCACUUGACUCUGUGGACAACAUCACAGAUUUGUACGCUCAAGGCCAGAGUACAGAAGGCUGGAACAAAGGUGGAAUACCCAGACUGAAAGAUGUUUCCAUUAGUGAAGCCAACAAAAUGUUCUAUUUGUCAGCCAAGCUAUCACAAACAGAAACAGAUUUUGGCAGGAGCUAAAGCUGCUGGGUAUUCAUUGUGAUAACACUGUUCACAUUAUCUGUAGAAAAGAUUGAUUUUACUUUAAUUAUUUGUCCAGGAACAAUGCAAAGGUAUAUUGAAUGAAUUUACUUUGUAUGCUUUCACACCUGUACUUGGUAAGAUUACUUUAUUUAUUGUAAAAUACACCUGUCUGAUUGGUCAAAAUCACAAUGGGAGUUUAUAUUAUGUUAAUUCCAUUGAGGUGGUUUAUAGAUACACUAUUCCAUACACUCUAAAUCUGAUAAGCAGUUUUCUCUCAAAUUAAAAGAGAAAAUAAGCAUUUUUUACUAGCCUGACUGGAGUUCUCUCUGCAUAAAUAAUAAAAACCACAAAGAAAUGUGGAUUGUAAAGUUAUGGAAUAUCAGAUUUUAGGGACUGUCUUAAUUUCUGAAUGAAAAAGUAAACCAGCUGGAGUUGUGCUUUAAGGUUUGUGGCAGAGCGGGUUGAGGUGAUAGAGAGCUUCCAACAAAAAAGGUUUGAUGAACAUCAUCACAGUCAUCUGUAAAGCACAAACAUAUUGCAGUUAUGAAGGGGUUUCAUGUAUUUGCAAUGUGAUUCACAGUUUCACCCGACUUUCCAAUAAAAUCAUUUAAGCUUU